UGAAUGCACAGUCGUCAGCCAGAGCUUCAAAACCAAGAUCGUCGACAUGAUGAAAAGAGCCGGCAACGGAUCCCACCAGGUGUCUGAAACCAUGAUCGCCCAGGCCAUGAAGCCGACGAAAAACACCACACACACACACACACAGCAUGGCCGAUGCAUCCAACAACAGCAGCUUUAUGCUUACGCACAUGGACUUUCGAGGGUCCACCGCAGACAGCUCCUCCUCCUCCUUGCUCAGCCGGUGACACCUUUCUUCACAUGUACGGGGUCGGAACUUGCCUUCGACGAUAUCUUCCCUGAGUUCCUCCAAGCCUUCAACUGAAAAGGGCUCCGCGGCGGCGGUGAGUUCACGGGUGAGUCGUUUUUUUUGGAAGGCCCGAGGAGGGGCGCUGUCUCUACUAAUUAUUCAUGAACGAAUCAUGAGCAGGAAAAGCCAAUUAGGUAUGGUGACAGCCUGCCAAGCUGGCUGUUGAACCAAGUUGGCCUUCGCAGAUGACAGGGGAGAAUAAGAGUUAAGCUUUUGAUUCAGCUCCUGUCUUCUGCUUCUAAUACUGCCUAUCAUUACCUGUGCUUUUUCCGGCUUCUGUAGUCCUAGUGGAUUCCUUUUAAUACUACAAUUGCCAGCUGCUGGAUCUAGAUUGAUUAUUGCUAAUUGCGAUGGUUAGGUGAGGAUCAUGGCGGCAGCAUGGCCUGUCUUUGCACUGCACCCACAUUGGAUCGCUCCAGAGGUGGAUGAGACGUCGCUUUUGAGAUAACUGGGGUGCCGCCACUAGAUUGAUUAAGUGCGGUGCACCGAUGAUAGGUCAUUGUUUCGUUAUUUUCUGAUGACCAAGGAAAAGAUGUUCUGCCAUUGCCAGUGCCAGAUCGGAAUUUGCUGUUCACUCUUCUGACCUGUCGAAAUCGAGUCAGAAUCAGAGAAAACUCGUCGUAGCAUCCAUCCACAGCAAGAGGAAGCGGCUGAGGUUGGAGGUGGAGAGAGAGUAGAGUAGAGUAGCUCGGGUGAUCGAGCAACAUGGCGGAGAAGCUGACGCCGGCGCAGGUCGACGAGUGCAAGGAGAUCUUCGACCUGUUCGACGCCGACGAGGACGGUCGGAUCGCCGCAGGCGACCUCGUGACGGCGCUGCGGUCCCUGGGCCAGAACGUGGACGAGGCGGAGGCGCGGCGCUUCCUGGAGGACGCGGGCGCCGGCGCCGGCGCCACCAUCGACCUCGCGGCGUUCCUGGCCUUGGCGGCGCGCAAGAUGGGCGCGAGGCAGUCGGAGGAGCGCCUCGCGGAGUGCUUCGACGUGUUCGACGACGCCCGCACCGGGUCCAUCCCCGCGGAGCAGCUGCGGCAGGUGAUGGUGAGCCACGGCGACCGGCUCACGGAGCAGGAGGCCGACGCGAUGCUCCGCGAGGCCGACCCGCAAGGCGAGGGCCGCGUCGAGUACAAGCAAUACGUCAAGGUGCUGCUCAGGGACAAGAAGUGAUCCCGUGGUCGGUAAAUCCUUCGCCCGGCCGCCGGCCGCCGGUGGCCACGAGCCAUUCAUUUGGGGGGCCGGAGGAGGAUGCCAACUUGAUCUGCUCUUGAUCGAUCAUGUACGCGUCCUACCAGAUGCAGUGGCUAGUUGCUACCGCUUUCUUGAAGUUAAACAUCACCAGUUCUGUAAGAUAUCUCCGAUCACAGCUUUCAUCAAGACCAA